AAAGUUCAAUGGUCCAAAAGGACGGCUCUAGUGGCAAGAUAGACAGAUAGAGAGAGACCGUAGGAGAGAGUUCUUACAAAUCCUACAAGUACAAAGCUUUGCCCCCUGAAACAAAUCUUUGGCUCUCUCUCUCUCUCUCUCUCUGGGUAUCUAUUAGAAAACAGAUGAUGUUCCAUGUCUUCUCUGUCUGCUUCAUGCAACAUGUUGGUUUGGAUUUGGUUACAAAACAUUUAAUCUAGAGUUUAGGAUAAGGUUUUCGGAUUUUUUCCCUCUCUAGUAAUAGUUUCUUGUCGGAGCGUAGCAGGAAAAAAUAAAUAAAGUUUUUUAUAUUUAUUUUCACUUGUAGAGAAGAAGAGAAAAAAAAAAGAGUAAAACAAUGGCGAAUCCUUGGUGGGUAGAGAGUCCAGUGACGUCAUCAGCUCCUUCUUUGCACCACAGGAGUAAUAACCCUACCAUGACCCUGUCGGAUCCAAGAUUGGACCAUGACUUCGCCAACAACAGUGGAAGCCCUAACACUCAGACUCAGAACAGCCAAGAGGAACAGACUAGCCGCGACGAGCUACCUGCGGUGGAGCCCGGAUCCGGAUCCGGGUCUACGGGUCGACGUCCGAGAGGCAGACCUCCCGGUUCCAAGAACAAGCCCAAGAACCCAGUGGUCGUCACCAAAGAAAGCCCUAACUCGCUGCAAAGCCAUGUCCUGGAGAUAGCCGCGGGUGCUGACGUGGCGGAAAGCCUAAACGCGUUCGCUCGUAGACGCGGGAGAGGCGUCUCUGUUCUGAGCGGGAGCGGUUUGGUCACUAAUGUUACUCUGCGUCAGCCUAGUGCGUCUGGAGGAGUUGUGUCUCUUCAUGGUCAGUUUGAGAUCUUGUCUAUGUGCGGUGCGUUUCUUCCGACUUCCGGUUCUCCCGCUGCAGCCGCUGGUUUGACCAUUUACUUAGCUGGAGCUCAGGGUCAAGUCGUGGGGGGUGGAGUAGCUGGACCGCUUAUUGCAUCUGGACCGGUUAUUGUAAUCGCUGCUACGUUUUGUAAUGCUACUUUCGAGAGGUUACCGAUUGAAGAUGAGCAGCAAGGAGAGCAGCAGCAACCACAAGUAGAAGAAGCUAAGAAGGAGACUGAUGAUAAUGAGAGUGGGAAUGAUGGAAACGAUGGGUCGAUGCAAGCGCAGCAGAUGUAUAGUAUGGGUCCUAGUUUUGUGCCAAAUGGUCAUCAAAUGGGUCAGCAAGACGUGUUUUGGGGUGCUCCUCCGCCUCGUGGUCCUCCUUCGUAUUGAUAGUUAGAUAGGCGGUGGUUGGCUGGACGUGGUUCUUUUAACUGGAAUGGAAUGAUUAUAUGGUUAGGCUUUUGUUUAUUAAGCUCUUAAAUUUUUCCUCUUGUGCGGGUAAUGACAUUUAGCUAGUGUUUGUUUGUGUUUGUGGCGGUGAUUACUGGUUUUUUGUGACUAGUUAUUUUGAUCGGCGGAUAGCUUUUUAUGGAUGUUAAAUUGAUGGUAGAAUCGCAUUUGAGCUUUGA